AUGCAAAAUUACACUGGAACAAAUUCUUUAAACAAAAUACCUGUCGAACAAAGUUUCACGACUGCUCCAAUCUCUACGGCUUCCCCGUCAGUCUCAAUCAAGACUGAAAGUAUGUCAACGGAAGCUAUUACAGCUCCUCCCAUUCUAGACGCACCAACACAACUCUUGUUUCAAAAAACUGUUGCAAGCUCUAAUCAUAGCCAUAGUUUAGAUGAUGCCUCCGAAAUGUCCACAGAUUCAACUGAAACAAAGAAAAAAAAAGAAUAUGGAGAGACGGUAUCAAGAUCAUAUAUUAUACUCGCUGAGGCGAAAGGAUGGAAAAACUCUGAUAAUUCCAUCUUUCCAAUAUCAAUGGAAAAUCUUUGUAAUUACAUUCGCGCAAAAAUGGCAACUAAUAAUUCAAAAAGCAUCGAGUGGUAUCUUAACGGCCUCAGGAGGUAUCACGAAAAAUUAUUUAAAAAUAAAGAUUGGGAACUUGUCUGCAAACACCCUGAUGUCACGAAUUUACUGAAGCAAAUUAAAGCAGAAAAAGAAUCUUCUCUUGGAACACCACACCCUGCAGAGAAAGGGAACUGGCGUGCGGAACAGAUCAACGCUGAGAAUCGUUUCACGGAGGUAUCGACGAAUGUAAGAGUUCCGGUGGUCAUUGAAGCAACGCAACCGAAUAAUUCUAUAUCUGCUGAACCAAAUCUUGAAUUUCUCGGCACUAUUCCAUUCCUAGACGUUGCGAGCGGGAACAACGAGACUUUUUCUAACUUAUUAGACGACGACUCAUAUGAAGGAAAUGAUGAAACUGACUCACAAGAAGAGUCAUCAGGUUCCAAAUCAGUUUUAACAGAGAAAUUCGAUCCUAUGAUCGUUGGAUCCGAUUCCGAUGAAGACGAUGAAGAUUAUGUCCCUCCAAAAAUGCGCCGAAGAUACCAAGAUGUCCAGUAUAUACAAGAAACGCUCUUUGCUGAUGAUGAGCCCGAAAGUUUCAAAUCUCGAUAUGAGAAUGCAUAUUCAAAUCUGAAAAUGAAAUAUACAGUGAAGUGCGAUUUUCAUCCGGAAGGCUGCGUUCAACUGGGCGAAGGUCGACACUUUAUCCUUACAGAAAGAUUAUACAAACGUUGGGCCGCAUUAGUUGCAUCGGGAGAGGAUUUUGAUGCUGAUUCAUUACCCAACUCAUCUGAGCUAGACGAAUUCCAUACGGAUCGAGCAAUUUCUAUGUAG